CUAAAUACUUGCAAAUAACAUAGAAACACAAAGUCGAUGUUUUGCAAUGACCAUCUCAGUAACUGUACGUCUACAAAGUGACCUAUAUAAACUAUCCCAAUAAACUAGCCAAUGGCCAAAUGGAGGUGUGCCUAAUAAACUGGCAGCUCAGUGUAUAACACAUGAUUGUAUUAAAUCUUUGUCUAGAUUUGAAACAAUGAAGAUCAGGCACCUUACGAGGCUGCUUCUGUUUUGGAGUACACUUUAUCUUCAAACACCUGAGACAAACUCCAAAGCGAGUCCUGAGUUUCUGGAGAAAAAAAGGAGCACAUUACAAAUCAAGCCUAAAAUCACAGUCAGUGUCAUUCUGGGAAAUGCUACAGAGCUACAAUGUAGGAAUGAGAAUAGCGAAGCACUGGUUAUAUGGUGGCAGACCCCAUUUGGAUCAUUUGGAGAUAGACACAAGUUUAGCAAUAAGGACCCAAUAGAGAUGAGUAAUGGGAAUUUGAGGAUCUCAAAGGCUACAUUAAGUCACACUGGACUCUACAGUUGCCACCUUGUGGACAGUAGAGGCACAGCAGCCAUUCCAUAUAGAGUAAAUGUAUUGAGCGAAAACACACACAAGACAAGAACGAGGAUAAGAACAGCCAGAGAGGGCGAGACGUCCACCAUCCGUUACUCAGAUGCUCACUUUGCAGCAGCUGUGUCAUCAUCAGUGUUGGUCACCUUUAUAGGGGCGUUUACACUCGGUGCAUUCAGUCAACCCUACGUCAUUAAGUGUCUACAAAGAACAAGGGCCAGGAUGUGUCCUAACAAAAGUAGCCACCGAGAGACAACGAGACUCGCUAGUCAUAGACUCAGGGCUGUGUUUUUCCACAGAAACCCAAAAUCUGAAGAAGACACUGUAGAGUUUGCGCCAGAGACCUCAGCGCCCAUUAAGACUCCCUCUACCAUCAAGACAAACCAAGAGAACCAAGAUGGAGCUUGUCUGGAGGGUGACUCAAUAAGCAGCGAUGCUGAAAAUGGCAUAAACUGCACAUCAAAUGGAGUAGCUGGUGAUGAAUCAGAUCAACCCAAAGACCAAGAAGGAGAGGAACAGAACGCUGGACCUGGAUCAGAGACGAUUGCGUGCAAACAGCCCAAACGAGUCAGUAGAGUUAUUAAAGUAUACAACUAUGAUGAAGAUGGAAACCAGUACAGCCACAUAAAGGAACCUGAGGAUAUUCCUACACCCAGACAGAGAGUAAUGUCACUCACUCGACUCCAAAGCAUCAUGAAUGAGGUGGAAUCACCGGAUUUCUCCAGCAGCAGAGACUCAACCGAACCAGAUGAAGCUCUCAGCAUGAAAGACAUUUAAACACCCUAUUUGGACAAUUUUAAAAGUAAUAUAUAUAUAUAUAUAUUAAUCUCAUUUCUACAAUUUUCCACCAAUCACAAAUAUGUAGAUACAGGGUUUGCUUUAGAACACUGGAACUAAGGUUAAUGUGGUUAACAAACAAUGGCAGUCUAUCUCAUCCAACAUUUCCCCCCUAAAUACAUGCUGAAAUCUUCCUGUCCUUGCUUCUGUUUAAUGGGCUGCAGACCACAUU